CCCCGGAGCAAGUGGUGGCGCUUGCAGCAGCUGCUGCUGGAAGUAGAGCGCUGCCGCUCCUCCGGCUGUUGCAAGAAGGAAGAUCCGUUGCGCCUUCAUGCCUCCAGCCUGGCUGCCCUAACCUGACCCUUCCCUUACUGGACAGCCAUGGGAGAUGGAUGGGGCUUCCUAGAGAACAGCCCUCACAACAGAUCCAACGCCUCCACGUCUCAGACCGGCCUCAGCAACGAUAGCGACGCCUCCACUGGCUCUUAUCCUCCUGACAGCAGGCACCUGCCCCCCCAGGCAUUGUCCCACCAGUGGGUGGUGGGCAUGAGCAUGCUGAUGUCCUUGAUGGUGAUGUUCAUUGUGGUGGGCAACGGGCUGGUUAUUGCAGCUAUUGGGCGGACGCAGCGGCUGCAGACCCUCACCAACGUCUUCAUCACCUCCCUUGCUUGCGCUGACUUGGUCAUGGGCUCUGUGGUGGUGCCCUUUGGGGCCACGAUGGUGGUGCGGGACUCGUGGUUGUGGGGCUCCUUCUUGUGUGAAUGCUGGACUUCAGUGGAUGUUCUGUGUGUGACGGCUAGCAUCGAGACCCUGUGCGUCAUUGCUAUUGACCGUUACCUGGCCAUUACCUCGCCCUUCCGCUACCAGAGCCUCAUGACUAAGAGACGGGCCAAGAUCAUUGUCUGCAUUGUCUGGGCAAUUUCCGCUUUGGUGUCUUUCUUGCCCAUUAUGAUGCACUGGUGGAGGGACACGGGCCACGAAGCUCUGGAGUGCUACGAAAACCCCAGCUGCUGUGACUUUGUCACAAACAGGGCCUAUGCCAUCGCCUCUUCCAUCAUCUCCUUCUACAUCCCCCUCUUUGUUAUGAUUUUUGUCUACAUAAGAGUCUACAGAGAAGCAAAGGAGCAAAUGAAGAAAAUCGACAGGUGUGAGGGCAGGUUCUACAACAAUCACCAGCAGCAACAGCAGCCAGCCCACCAGCACCUGCCAAUCAUGGGCAAUGGUCAAGCCAGUAGAAGGAAAACUUCCCGAAUUUUAGCUGUAAGGGAACAGAAGGCCCUCAAGACUUUGGGCAUCAUCAUGGGGGUCUUCACUCUCUGCUGGUUACCCUUUUUCUUGGUCAACGUGGUCAAGGUUUUCAACAGAGUGUUAGUACCGGACCAACUCUUUCUCUUUUUCAACUGGUUGGGCUAUGCCAACUCUGCCUUCAACCCCAUCAUCUACUGCAGGAGCCCUGAUUUCCGUAAGGCCUUCAAGAGGAUGCUGUGCUGCCCUAGGAAAGCUGACCGAAGGCUGCAUGCUAGUACUGGGGAGGUCUCUCAUUACCCUGCAGGCUUCAUCAGUACUCUGGGAAGUACCGCUCCAUGCACUCUAGGAGGGACAUGGUCUGCCUACAAUGGUGGGGCACAGGAUGGAAGUGACUCCAGCUUGGAGGACAGGAACAGUAAAACCUCCUAUUCAGAAUCAAAGGUAUAAGUAGAGUUGUGUGGGAGAGGAUCAAAGCAAUGGAUUGGUAUUGAAUACUGUGGAUCAAGAAAGGGAAACAAAGAACAGGCAAGGGAAGAAAAUACAUCCACUGGCUAAUACACAAACAUCAGACUGACCUGUCUCAGUGGGGCAAGGAUUUUAUUUACUUAAGCUGAAAAGCAGGUGAACAUGUAUGCAGCGUACCUCUUCUGAGUCAUCAGAUAUUGAAGCAAACAGAGAGCAACUGACCAUUGAACAAAAGAGAUUAACUAUCCAUGUUUCCAAGAUAUUUGGAUUAUUAUUAUUAUUUACAUUGCGAGUAGGGGGUAGGCGGUCAUGACCAAAGAAAGGGGCAAAAAUAAGUUUGAAGGACUUUGCAGAAGAAGUGUUUCAGGAAGAGCUGAACUUGUGGCAGGCGCUCAGUCUGACAGGCACUGAAAAAGGUGGGGGAUUCGUCUCCUGAUAUUGCAGUAAACAGGAUCAAGCCUUUAUUAGUUUGGCUUCAGAGCUGGAUAUGAUGUUCUUUCAUUGUUCUUACUAAUUCCCAGGAGCUUCAGUAGCAGAAAAAGUAGUCUGGUUAUUAUUAUUAUUAUUUUUAAAGACAUACUGAUCACCCAUAUAUCUCCACUGAAACCAGUGUGAAUUUCAGGCACUCAGCACCUUUGCAAGCCUUGCUAGAAGUCUCUUUAAUAAGCCAUUUGGAAAAUAUUCUGAUGAGUUUUACCAUGCAGUCUGAUCCUACGCGUGUUUAGUCAGAAGUCAGUUUGAUGGAACUUACUUGCAAGUAAGUGUGCAUUAGCUUGUGGCAAUAAUAACCUAGUGGCCACACUUUCCUUAAACAUCUAGAAGGAAAAGAUGCAUCAAUAAUAUUGUACAUGGGCAUGUCUGUAUUUUGAACAAAUUUGAUCCUUUCAUCCCAUUGACGUUUUGGGUGGGGGGUGCAAUUUAUUUUGUCCUAUGAGACAACAGCAAUCAGGCUACAAGACAUCUACCUCAAACUGUGCAUAUUGUACAGAGAAGAACUGUGUUUAUAUUAAACAGCUUAUUUAUGUAUCCUUAGGAUUUUUUUGUUCGUUUGUUUUUUAUAUGCAGGCAGGGGCACUGAUCUUCUGUAGACAGUUUGUUCUCACUGAAAAAAAUGAACGGGGGAAAUUUGCUAGGGGCACCAGAAAUGUUACUGCACACUUGAAAAGAAUGAGAGAGUUUUUUCUUUUGCACAGUGUUAACAAUUGUAAAGUUCUAUGAGUGGUCUCAGUCUCUCUCUCUCACUCUGUCUCUCUCUCUCACACACACACAAAUCCAUUGGAAAGCAAAGAGAAGUUUAAAGCAUCAAAUCUCUCUUGCUGUCUGAUACGUUGCCAUAUUAUUAAAAAAGUUUUUUUAAUAUUAUUUAAUGGAGGUACUGUAAGUAUAUUCAUACUAUAAAUGAGUUUGUUGUAAGAGUUUUUAUAAAUUAUAUUUUUUAUGGCCAAGAGUCUAUGUGAACCUGUUGAGGCUUUGGCAUUUCAUUGUCAUUUCCCAUGUUUGAUCCCAUUAUGUGUGUGUGUGUGCAUAUUUGAGUGUGUAUGCAUUUUAUAAUGUAUUUAUAUAUGCUGGUGCAGUUUACUACUGUAUAAGUCAUCGGUCUGUGUGCAAUAAAUACCACUGCAGCACAAGCAAACUUAUUUACAGUGUGUAUCUCUAGGAACAGUAACAAAACCCAGUUCUGAUGGGAAAAGCAGAGUCUGUUUUGCUGAAAAUAUGAAUUGUUUUACCAGUACUGUUCAACUUAAUGGCUUUUCCUGACACAAUGAUCUUGUUUAAAAAUGCGCUUGCUGUACCAAAUAAGGUAGUGUUCCUGCUAGACUGAAGGCUGCUGACUUGCCCUGAAAUUCCAGAGCCAAAGGCAAGUUGUUCCUAGGCUGGCUAUAAAUACAUUGGCUACUUUCUUUUGACAGAUGUCUCUCAUCAUCUGUUUGAAUCUACUCUGAUAAUAAGAAUGCUAGGCCAGGUGGCUGGAGACCUAAUAUUGAAAGUGACAAGACUGUUGUUGGGUGUAUUUGAGAACUGAAAAUUAGGAAAGAAAGAUCAGCUGCUCAUUGGGAUGCAGAAGCCAUAUAUCUCUUAUACAUGAUUAAUCUCAUUGAAGUUGUCAGGCUAUUCGGGGCCCCGGAAUGAGAGAUUCUGAGAAUUGCAGGCUGUUCUCCUCUAACCACUUAACUUCAAUGAAUCUUUGGCGAAGUUUAACCCUCUUGUGAGAGAGAACACCAUUCAAAAAAUGAGAGUUAAUUUUCAGGCCCUUUAAUGUGUUCAGAUUAUAUACUAUGAAGUAAUUCAAUUAGAAAGGACCACCCACACUAACUGGUACGUGGGGUCUUAAGGUUCCUGGGGAACCUUGGCAGUAUUAUCAUUUUUAUACAGAAGCUGAUGAUAACUAAAAUAGUGUUUUUUACUCUGUGAUCUCAUGAUGAAAUGAAACAAUCCGGAAAAAGGAACUGUACCCAUUUGUAAUCAGAAUGUCAGACUGCAUUCACCAUGCAGUGAAUGAUAAAGUCACGAACAGGAGUGUUGUUGCUGUGUUUGUUGAGCAUUUUAAAUUGUUUUAUAUGCCUUCCUCUCAGCAAAUUCAACACCUUGGUCACUUCAGUUCAGAGCUUGUGGGGUGUUAGCAGCUAGUAUUGCCAUCUUUUUAUGGGCUGGGCUCCUGUGCCAUUAACAGCACAAUAGGCAAAAAUUCCAGCAUUGUCAGUUUAAUUUCUGUUGGACACAUUGCCACUAAAAACAUAGAAAAAGCUCUACUAGACUAAAAAGAGUAUUAACCCUGUUAAAAACUUUAUGUGAUUUUAAAUCCAUGAUCUGGACUCAUUGGUUUGGGAUAUUGACAAUCAGUAUUGAGUGCAAGGAGAUGCGCUUGAUACCCUUAGAGGCCCCUUGUAGCCUUGAUAUUUUAGUAUUAGACCAACCCCGUUGGAAUGAAAGAAAUGGUUGUUCUUUUUAACUAACUGUGCUUUGCAUUGGGCUUUGAAGGAGGUUCUAUUUCAAAGUGCAGGUUGGGCUAGAUAGAGAUACAUUAUCAAUCCUAUUGAUAAAAUGCUGUGGAUAAAAAUGAAUUGUGCAUGAAUUGUGAAUUGUGCACAGUGCAUUUCAGUGGAGAGUGCUUUUAUCAAAGAAAAUA